AUGUCUAAAGUUAGUUCCCUAACGGCACAAAGCUUGGGUCAAUUAGAUCAACCAUCUAAGUCAGGAAUUAUGGAUCCAAAAUUUAGCAAUUGCAAUGACAGUACAGUCAAGGAAAGACUCAAGGUUGGUAUUCUCAGUUCAGAUCAUAAGUAUGGAUUGGGUCGUGGCUUAUACGCUGCAAAACUUCUACUUCACUUGCUGUUGAUAAGGAAUGCCCACAGGAAGAGAUUGUACGAUUACAUAACACCGGGUAUCAUGGGUAAUAAUGAUAUUUUAGAUGACUUGUUACUAACUGAUGACAUGGAGAUUACUGGUAUAUACAUAAUAGGUGAUCAAGAAUAUAAUUAUGCUACCGAUAAUGAAAAUGAAUUAAUUGGUUGUAAAAUACAAGUAAAAAGGCUGUAUGUAAGGAAUCCGCUGCUAUUGGAACAAAUAGACAAUGAGUCAUUGGAAGCUGGUUCUUAUUGCAGAAACUUGGAGGCAAUAUAUUUGAUUAAAAACAUUCCAGUUGAUCUAGUUUUAGUGGCAAAUUGCUUAGAAGAUGUCGCAUUAGGUUCAUUGUGCCAUUCAAUGCUUGGAUUAGGCGGGGGGAGUAUAAUACGCAAUCAAUAUCUACAACCAUUAAUCUCAAAUGACGUGACUUCUUGUGGCUAUAGAAAAGUAUUAUUCAUAGGAAGACCUUUUAGGGAUUUGACGGCUAAAGAGAUAUAUUUGUUGGCCCGACAUGAAAAUCUUGUUAGCAAUGUGGCAUACAAUUCAUCAAUACGUUAUUUAUAUCAAAUGGAAUUUCUGUUGGAUAUUGGUGAGAAACAUCCAAAUUCCCUAAAAAAUAUUGCUAAACUUACGGCGGGAUCGAACAUCAAUUGCACUAUGGUUAAUGUAUGCGCCAUAUGUAAAUUUGUAAGUAAUCGUGACAAUGGAGAUAUAUGUUCUGCAUGCCUGGAGAUAUCCAAUAUUUCCGAAAAAGCCAAGAGUUACCUCCAUUCAUUAAUUUGA